AUGAAGCCAACAGAUCUUACUUUUGUGAAUCCUUUCCCAUCCACAGAGUAUUCUUCACAACAUGACAGUUUAAACACGUCCUAUUCUCUUCUUCCUACCGAACAAUUUACGUAUAAACUUUUUCCUCAACAAUUUGAUUCAUCUCUUUCAAAAACAACCGAAGACUCCAAAGUGCUAUUUUGUAAUACUCAUGAAAGUCAAAGUGUGUCUCAAAUUGUUCAAACUUCAAAACAAUCCGACAAUUGUGUUCAAGUGAUCCUUCAAAGACCAACAAUUUCAAUAAAAGAAAAUCCCACCGAUUGUCUCGACUCAAAGUUUUAUCCAGUCUGCCAACAAGCUGUUUUGGUGUCACUUCUUAAUAAGAAAUAUGCAAUCACUUUGAAAGCACAGAAAAAACAAACAACAAAGACUAUUCCCAUUCCUAUAGUUCUUUCCCUAUCUAGUGAAACUCAGACAAUCGGGGUGUUCGAAAUAGCAGAUCAGAAAUGUCGGCAGACGUUAGAAGAAGAUCUAAAGAGCGGGGUCAAUAGACAAGCAGCCAUCAGGCGAUUUGAUAAGAAUCGCAGGACGUCGAUGUUGCACUUAAUGGCUGAUUUGUGUAUAGAAGAAGGAUACUUUUUCAAUUAUAAAUUGCCAAGACCAUCUAAAAAGACUAUUCAACUUGAAAGGAUCACAUCCAUAUUUCUCAAUAAUACUUGGAUCAUGGAUAAAGAGCAGAUAUUUGAUGUAGGAUUAAAGAUCAAUAUGCAUAUCACAAAAAGGCUUAUUAUUGAUAAAACAUUUGUUCUAAAGCCAAAAGAACUUGACAUCUCUUUGUUUAUGAAUAACUGA